AAUUACCCAUCGACUUUCUACUGCAUUCUUCAUUGCAUCCUUUUCCUUUUCCUUUUUCUAGUUUUCUUUAAUUUUUAUAUACUCUAUUUUCUUUAAAACCUUUUUUUUUUUUUUACAUUGAUUAACAUACUCUGAAUUCUUUAUACUUUGCAUUCACGUUACGUUUGGCAUAUAACUAAUGGCGGAAAACGUGCGGGACGCUGAUCGGCGUUCGGAAAAGGAAUUCACAGAAAAAAUCCAAGCGGAUGAUGUAGAUGCUUAUCUUGCCUAUGAAAAGACCGACAAACUUGAUACGGAAAGUCAAAAGCCCGUGAGCGAAGACGAUGAUGAAGAUAUCGAUAUUAAAGUGGUGAACGAGCUGGCAACAAUGGAAGAUGAUCCCACUCUCAGAUCCUUCACUUUUCGUGCGGUACUGGUGGGAACGCUCCUUGCUUGUCUUAGUUCGUCCGUGUAUCAACUGAUGUUGUUCAAACCCGUGGGUAUUCCAUUGACGGAUACCUUCAUGUUGUUGAUCGCGUAUAUCGUUUGCACGGCGUGGGCUAAAUACCUUCCAGAGGGUGGUUGGCUUAACCCUGGUCCGUUCAACGUGAAAGAACACACAUGCAUAUUUGUUAUGGUGUCAUCGGCCAAUCAUUCGGCGUAUGCAACCUAUAUCCUUUCCGCCCAAGAACUGUACUAUAACAACCCCCCAGGACCGGCCGGAUCCAUCUUUUUGCUGUUUGCCACGCAGCUCGUUGGUUACGGUAUUGCCGGCCAAUUGCGUCCUUACCUUGUCUAUCCUGCCAACAUGAUUUGGCCGCUCACUUUGCCUACCGUGUCGCUUUUGCGAACUUUCAACUCGGAAAAGAACGAAGCUCGAUGGCGUACCAAAUUCUUCUUCAUGAUCUUUGGUGCCAUCUUUGUCUAUGAAUUCAUUCCGCAGUAUAUGUUCCCCAUGCUCGGUGGUAUUUCCAUCGUGUGUCUAGCCAAGAACGAUUCCGUCUGGGUGACUCGUAUCUUUGGUGGACUCAACGUCAAUGAAGGCUUGGGUAUCCUGUCGCUCAGUUUUGACUGGAAUCAUUUAUCGUACCUGAACCCUCUGAUCAUUCCUUUGUGGGUACAAAUGAACAUCUUCUUUGGUAUUAUCCUGCUUUGGAUUAUCGUACCCCUGAUGUAUUACACCAACGUAUGGGACUCCCAAGCUUUCCCGUUCCUGUCGAAUUCCAUCUUUGCCAUCAACCAAACUACCGGCAAGAGCAUGAUUUACCCGCAAAGAGACGUACUGAAUGAAGACAAUUCCCUUAAUCACACCAAACUCGAAGCGAUCGGCAUUCCUCAGUAUUCCGGUGCCUUUGCCCUGAACUACAUCAUUAUCAAUCUUGCCGUCACCGCCACUAUUGCUCACGUCGCGCUGUAUUAUGGCAAAGAUAUUUGGAGUAACUUCCGUACCUUGAAGCAACGUAUUCGCGAAGGACAAGUCGAUGUUCACAUGCGGCUCAUGUCGGCCUAUAAAGAGGUGCCUUCUUGGUGGUAUUACGCCAUUUAUGUCGCCGGCAUUGGUCUCAAUAUUGGUAUUGCUUAUGCCAACCACAGCCAGUUGCCAUGGUGGGGUGUUAUUUUUGCCAUUGGUGUUUCAACCAUUCUGUCGUUACCGUUAAACAUGAUUCAAGCCAUUACCGGAUCAGGUUUUGGUCUGAACGUGCUCACAGAAAUGAUCUGUGGUUUCGUCUUGCCCGGUUAUCCUAUUGCCAACAUGUAUUUCAAGACGUUGGGUUACAAUACCAUGAGUCAGGCCGGUAAAAUGGCCCAGGAUCUCAAGAUCGGCCACUAUCUCAAGGUGCCGCCGAAAAUGGUCUUCUUGAACCAAAUCUGGGGAACGGUCAUUGGCUGCAUUUUUAAUUACAUCGUCAAUGAUGUCGUCGUCAAAUCCAAACGCGAAAUCCUGUUGGAUCCCAUUGGUGAUAACGUUUGGAACGGUUCUUCGCCUCAGACAAUCAAUUCCGCUGCCAUUACAUGGGGAGCUAUUGGACCGAUGGCCAUGUUUGGCCCUGGCACCAAAUACUAUAUCUUUUUAUGGGCAUUCGUGAUUGGGUUCUUUGUGCCCGUGCCUUUCUGGUUGCUUAGCAAGAAGUUCCCUAAGCGAGGCUUUGAGUUGAUCAACGUGCCCAUGAUUCUCAUUGGUCUUUGUAUUCUUCCUGGUUCCAACUCGUCGUGGAUUACCGUUUCCUUUGGCUUGAUCAUCUUUUCCCAGUGGUACAUGAAACGUCGCCAUCGGGAAUGGUUUGUAAAGUAUAACUAUCUUAUCUCGACGGCCUUGGAUUCCGCUACUUCGCUCAUGGUUUUCUUUAUUGCCUUUGCCUUGAUGGGUGGUGCCUCUGGCAAGGAGUACCGCUUCCCUACUUGGUGGGGCAAUCGUGCUGAUAUUCGAUACAUGGAUCAAUGCUGCAUGAAUUGUCCAACUUAGUUUAUACUGUGUUCUCUAUUGUAAUCGUUUAUUUUAUCUCUUUUCUCUUUUUC